AUGAGAUUACCUGAAGUUAUAGAACUUGAGCAGCAGCAGGAAGUUGAUGAAGUAUUCGGUGGAUACAAUCAUAAUCUUCGCAUUAACACAGGUGAAUAUUAUGAUAUGCGAAAUCUUACUUCGUCAUAUUAUCCGCUUCUUUCACCGAGAGCGAGAAGAGGCACAUUCAAACAGCCAUCAAAACCAUUGGGAAUGAUAGUAAAGGAUAAGUUCUGCUAUGUUAAUGGAAGAUAUAUUUACAUCGGUGAUCAGAGAAUUGAUAUGAAUCUUGAUACUUCAAGUAAAAAGACUCUUGUAAGUAUGGGUGCGUAUAUAGUUAUUCUGCCUGAUAAAAAGUAUAUCAAUACUGCUGAUUUGACAGAUAAAGGUGAUAUAGAGACGGAGAUCACAACAACAGAUACAGUUGAAUUAGAGCUUGCAAGAAUUGACGGAGAAGCAAUUACUGUUAAAUUCACGCAGGAUACAGAGCCUACAGAGGAUGAGAGAGAGAACGGAGAUUAUUGGAUAGAUACUUCGGCAGAUCCGCACACAUUAAAAAGAUUCUCUUCAACGAGUGGUAUGUGGAUAACAGUGUUAACCACAUACAUAAAAAUCAAAGCAACGAAUAUCGGCAAAGACUUCAAGCAGUAUGAUGGUGUUAAUAUUUCAGGCUUUAAGGACAAUACACAGAGAGAAGACCUUGACAAGAUUGACGGAUCAUUCGUGGUGUGGGCAAGAGAUGAUGAUUAUAUCGUCAUUAUCGGUAUGCUUGACCAUGUUGCUGAAUUCAGCAGACCUAUUACUGUAUCACGCAAAAUGCCAGAUAUGGACUUUGUUUGCGAAAGUAAUAACCGUAUAUGGGGAUGCAGAUACGGAGAGAACAACAAAGGAGAAUUCGUAAACGAGAUAUAUGCAUCAAAGCUUGGUGACUUUCGGAAUUGGUCUUGCUUUAUGGGGACUUCGCAAGAUAGUUAUAUAGCAUCCUGCGGAACAGAUGGUGAGUGGACAGGAGCUAUAUCCUAUCUUGGCUAUCCUUUAUUCUUCAAAGAGAAUGUUGUACAUAAAAUAUACGGACAGUAUCCUGCGAACUAUCAGAUACAGACAACUGCUUGCCGUGGUGUUCAGAAGGGUUCUUCGGACUCCCUUAACAUAGUAAAUGAAAUAUUGUACUAUAAAGGCAAACACGAUGUGCUUGCUUAUGAUGGAUCUCUUCCUGCCGAGAUAUCACUUGCUUUCGGGGAUGAGCAGUACACCGAAGCAAAAGGAUGCGGUUACAACGGCAAAUAUUAUCUCAAUAUGAAGGAUAAGAACGGUGUAUAUCAUCUGUUUGUUUAUGACACCAACAGGCAGAUAUGGUGCAAAGAGGAUGAGAUUCAGGUGGAUUCAUUCUGUGUAUAUGAUGAUGAGGUGUACUAUAUAGACAGCAAAUCAAAAUAUAUACGCACAAUAAACGGCACAGGAACGAAAGAUAGCAAGCCUGUCAAUUGGAUGGCAGAGACAGGCAUCAUAGGAAUGAUACUUCCAAACAAGAAAACAAUAUCACGGAUGCUUGUGAGGAUGUCUCUCGCUGAAGGAAGCAAGGUUAAUGAUGCACUUGCCGAAGAAAUCAAAAACAGCGGUAAAAAUGAAGCCAAAACGGACAAGUCGGAGAAUACUGUUGUUGCGAAUUUCAGCGAGAUAAAAAGUCUUAUCAUCAAGUCUAAAGAUAUAGUUAACGCAUACUACAAUAAAAUGAAACCGAAGAACGAUGCUAUAUAUGCAAGCCUGUCAGCCUUCGAUACAUUCAAGAAUACUAUUGAAGAUAGGUUAGCUUUGCAGGAUUCAUAUAUACGAUACGGUGUUCUGUAUUAUGAGAUAGACGAUACACCUGUAUACGGAGUUGAAUUGUGUCACAAAGAUACUGAAGGAAACUUUAUACCUUAUGUGAGAUUCGUGAAUGAUAAUGUUCUCUUCUUUGACUCGACAGGUAAUAAGACUAACAGUAUCGAAUACGGCACAUUCAAGACAGAUAGUAUUGAGAUAACAGGAGCAGAAAUGAGGCUUGUUAAGAAUGUUAAUGACCUUCUUAACCUUCCUGACGAUGUGACUUCAGGUAAAGCAAUAUUACUUGUCGAUGAGCCUUAUAUCGUGCUUCUGAUAUCGAAUGACGGAAGACUUUUCACAGGCUACAAAAACAGUUCAGCUUCACAGAUAACUUGGAACGAAAAAUAA